UUUACGUUCAUUUAGGACAGAAAUAAAGCAAAACAUUAAUUUGAGUUAACAUUUAAACUAUUCAAUUUUUUCCUUUGGAACACAUUCGCCUGCACUGACUGAACUUGUAGGUUGCUGCUGACUGAGAGGCUGGUACAGGAGGGACAGAGGUUGACAAGCAGUGGUUGGGGUCUCAUCGCCAUGUCCUCCGAGGAUGUGUCGGGGCAGAGCUGGCGGUUCUGCGUCCUGUCCUGGGAGCAGGUGCAGCGGCUGGACGCCAUCCUCGGGGAGACAGUCCCCAUACACGGCCGGGGAAACUUCCCCACGCUGUCGGUACAGCCGCGGCAAAUAGUGCAGGUAGUCCAGGCCCGUCUGGAGGAGAAGGGCAUAGUGGUCCAUGAUGUGAAACUGAACGGGUCGGCAGCAAGCCAUGUGUUGCACCAAGAUACAGGCCUGGGCUACAAGGACCUGGACCUGAUCUUUGGUCUGAACUUGACAGAUGACCGGGCCUUCCGCCUGGUGAAGGAUGUGGUGCUGGACUGCCUGCUUGACUUCUUGCCUGCUGGGGUGUGCAAGGAGCGCUUAACUCCACUCGCGCUGAAGGAAGCCUACGUGCAGAAGCUAGUGAAAGUGCGCAACGACACGGAUCGCUGGAGCCUCAUUUCACUCUCCAACAACAUGGGCAAGAAUGUGGAGCUCAAGUUUGUGGACUCUUUACGGCGGCAGUUUGAGUUCAGUGUGGACUCAUUUCAGAUCACCCUUGAUUCACUGCUGCUCUUUGACCGCUGUUCGGACACGCCUAUGUCGGAAAGCUUCCAUCCCACCGUUCUUGGGGAGAGCAUGUACGGUGACUUCCAGGAGGCCCUGGGGCAUCUGCGUGCCAGGACCAUUGCCACACGCAACCCUGAGGAGAUCCGUGGCGGUGGCCUGCUUAAGUACUGCCACCUACUGGUGCGGGGCUUCCAGCCAGCCUCAGAGGCUGAGAUGAAGUCCCUACAGCGCUACAUGUGCUCACGCUUCUUCAUUGACUUCCCAGACAUCAGCGAGCAGCAACGCAAGCUAGAGGCCUAUCUGCAGAACCACUUUGUUGGCAUGGAGAACAAGCGUUAUGAUUGCCUAGUCAUGCUGCACAGAGUGGUCAAUGAGAGCACAGUGUGCCUGAUGGGCCAUGAGCGCCGUCAGACACUGGGCCUCAUUUCUGCUCUGGCUUUGCGGGUGCUUGCCGAGCAGAACGUUAUCCCCACCGUCACCAAUGUCACCUGCUACUACCAGCCAGCGGCCUACGUGAGGGACAUCAACUUCAGUAACUACUAUGUAGCCCACGUGCAACCAGUGGUGACAUCCUACACCAGCUCCUACCCAACCUGGCAGCCUUGUAACUAAACUGUGAGACUGGGGCUGGAAAUGGAAUUGUGGGAGAGGGCUGUAGUGUGUGUGUGUGUGUGUGUGUGUGUGUGUGUGUGUGUGUGUGUGUGUGUGUGUGUGUGUGUGUGUGUGUGUGUGGUGCAGGGGCAGGGAGGGCAGCCCUCUGUGUUAAAGCUAAGGGAAAGUUGACAAGUUAUUUUUUUUCAAUUUUACAUGUUAAAAAAAAAUCUAAAAAAAUGUAUCUUUUGCUAAAUGAGACCUUUUUCUGUGCUUAGUUGAACUUUACUGCUGUAUAUCUACUUUAAACUACAAACUUAUUUAAAAAAAAAAAAAAAAAUCUUUAUUUCCCCACAGUUUUAGAACUGCUGGUCUUUCAUGUGUAGCAGAAUGGUUGGAUGGGUUGGGAGCACUAAGUUUGCACCCCCCCCACUUAAUUUUUCUUCCACUUUCAAUAUUCAAGAAAAGAAAUUUCUGGAAGGGGAGAAAUAUGAAGAUGUAUUAUCAAUUGCCUCCCUGUGUAAGGGACUUAAAAGGACCAAAGACUUAACUUGUUUAAAAGGGUAAAGUACCAUUGCGUUUUCAAGUGCCUAAAGAAGCAUACAUACAAAACUUUCUUUGAGGUAAUUGUGCUGUAUAGAGACUGAUCUUUUAGCUGAUUGUAAAUCUCUAUUUUUCAGACAGAGGCUCUUUUUCCAAUGAUUAAAAAAAAAAAAAAAACUUUUACAACUGUAGUGGUGCUUGAAAGUUGGU